AUGGGCAUCCAAGAUUAUUUCUACGGUCUGAAGGAGAAAAUCCAGGGGCCCGCCAAAAAAACAUCCAAGGAACAGGACAACACCAUCCCAAAAGUACACAAUGUCGGCGAGGAGAUACGUCUUAUGGUGCAUUCCAAACCCUUUGAGAACGCCUACAACAAGGCAGCACCAUUUCUCUUUGCCAGUUUGGGGGCAUGGCCGGGCUAUUGGCUUUUCAGAGGAAUGGAUUAUCACGUACACCGAGCCCAUAUCCCAUUGCCCAUCUAUAUAAGACAGACCUACUAUCAAGCCAAAAUGGUGCAGCUCUUCAUUAUUCUGGCCGGCACAUAUACAGUUUUCAGGAACAACACUCGCCUGCGAUUGAUGAACGCAAGUGGCUUGGGAAAAUCCUAGAAUAUUCUAUACCUAAACAGUGGAUGUCCAGAAAGCUACUGAAAUCAAGAAAUAUCUGCAACUUGAACUUUUAAUUUGCCAAACACAUUUUGAACAAAAAUAAAUUUGAUAACAAUUUCCUA